UCCCCCUUUUCCCGUUUAUCAGCAGAGGUCGCAUGGCAUAUGGAGAACAGUCCAACCACUUCUCUGUCCUGGAACCAAUGUAUGAAUAUGCACCUCCGUGACAAAGCCUAUGGAGUAUGAGAACAGCGGGGGAAAAAGAAGCAACAUUAUUAGAGUCUUACGCUUUUUAAAAUAUAUAUUUUUAACAUAAACCAAGGGGGGAUAUUUAAUUAGUUCUGGAGUACGUAAUAGUAUAACCGAUCUGGAUAUUUGCAGUUACUUUUGUUCUACGGUUGAGUGAUAACUGCAUUUGGCUCUCCAAAGUGGACGCAUCUUGUAAUCUAGCGAAAAAAGGACUGUGCAUCACCGGGACGCGAGUUGGUGCAGAAGUUCGACCGCGAACGGAUGUGAGGGAAGAGUGCACUGAGAACCUCAACCCCCUUUUCUUUCUCUCCUGGCUAAACAAUAGAGUCAAAGUCAAAGACACUGAAACUGAUUUCAUGCCGUCAGUCUCACAGACCCUGACAUGGACGUGAGAUUUUAUCCUACGCACCCGUCAAGUGUGGGUUCUGAUCCAAGUUGUCUAAGCUCGUUGGACUAUUACCACGCGAACAAGAAAGAACAGUUGGGACAUCUGAAAAGGGGCUGAAAUACAGGACGGUCUCUGGAUGAUGAGUGCAGCCACAUGGGGAAACAUGUUUUUAACCAUGACACAGAGUUUGAUGGUGACAACAUGUACAUGAAUGACAAUAACCAGGAGUUUCGGUCACCAAGCCAGAACUACUCCAGUCAGGGCCGAGGAAGCAACAGUGGAGGAGGAGGGGAUGAAGACUACGAGAUCCCCCCCAUUACGCCCCCCAACCACGCUGAUCCUUCUCUGCUGCACCUUAUGGACCCCGAGUCAGGCUACACCUUUCACUCGCUGCCCCACAACGGCCUGCUCAACCCCUACUCCUACCCGGAGCUGCCCGCAGCCCUCAUGAUGUCCAACAUGCUGAGCCAAGAUAGCCAUCUUCUCUCGGGGCAUAACAUGCACUCGAUAGGGGAGAAGCGGCCCUCCUCGGAGAUGACGAAGCCCAAGCCCAAACCGCAGAAGAAGAAGAAGAAAAAGGACCCCAACGAGCCGUCGAAGCCCGUGUCAGCCUACGCCCUCUUCUUCAGGGACACCCAGGCGGCCAUCAAGGGCUCCAACCCCAACGCCACCUUCGGGGAUGUGUCCAAGAUCGUGGCCUCCAUGUGGGACAGCCUGGGGGAGGAGCAGAAACAGGCGUACAAGAGGAGAACCGAGGCGGCCAAGAAAGAGUACCUGAAAGCCCUUGCCACGUACAGAGCGAGUCUGGUUUCCAAGACCUACGACGACCCCGUCGAACCAAAAAGUGCCCAAAGCAGCCAACCCUCCCACAUGCUGCCCCCCAAGCAGCCCUUGUACAGCAUGCCUCCGCAGCCCUCCUCCCCCUACGGUCUGGGCCCUGGCUCUUUCCCCCUGUCAGACCUGCAGAGCUUCGCCGGGCCGCCCCGCCAUGCCCUGACCCGGACCCUCAGCCAAUCCCAGAUGCUGCCGCCCAGCAUGAGUGCCUCUCCCCCCUCCCCCUUCCAGAUCAGCCCGCCCCUUCAUCCCUCCCAGCUCGCCCUGCACCAGAGCUCUCUGCGCAUGCAGCAGGUCCAGUCACACUCAAUGGGGCUCCAGGGGUCUCUGCACUCACCUCCUCUCAGCCAACAGGGGUUCUCUCACAUUCAGGACUACCAGAACAGUGUGGGUGGGUCUCAGUCUCCGGGGGCGCCCAACCCAGGGCAUGGACAGAAGCCCGACUGGGAUGGCGAGUACUGCAACCGGGACUGUGGGCCCAACCACUGCAGCAGUGGCAUGGGAGUUCGGGACAAGCCUCUCUACCUCACUUGAAGCUGGUGGACCUCCAUAAGUCAAGACUCCAGGGAGUUUUCCAACAUUCAUUAACAACGUCAAUGUAUCUUUUUCCUCCAGCUUGUUUUUUUCUGAAGGAUUUUUUAAAUCCCAAAGACUGCUACUACUUCACCUUUUUGCCAAGCACUUAGACUGGACAGGAGCCUUGCUUAUUUUUUCCAUGAAUGUUCCAUUUUGUGGGGGGGUUGAGCUUUAAGCUCACAUCAACAUACCAUACACGAACCCCCCCCCCAAAAAUGUCUGUCUUUGUUUUGACAAAGGGGUCGUUGUUGGUCUGGAGGGGAGAAACACAAGUGUCCCAUUUUUCUUUUCUCAGAGUGAUUGUAAAUAUCUACCAAGAUGGAACCUGGCCCCUUAUGCCCAGAUGUGUGUAUCUAACCGCAAUCCCCUUGCUUUUUACAUUAUUUUGUCUGGUUAUGUGAUGUUUGUGCGGGCUGGAUUCAGUGAGGGAAUACACACUAAAUCUGAUCCCAGAUCUGUUUGUGCUGUCUUUGCAACUUCUAUGGUGACAAUGGCCAUAUAAAUUGACAAGACAGCACAAAUAGAUCUGGGACCAGGCUAACUCCUCUCUAAUGAAGAGAGAAAAACAAAGACUGCAAAUGAUUCAGUUCCCCAGUUGUUAUUGGGGGCUCUCUGAGAGAGAGUGUCUGCGUCUGAAAUGGUACCCUAUUCCCUAUCUAGGGCACUACUCUAGUCAAAAGUAGUGCACUAGAUGAGGAAUAGGGAGCCAUUUUGGACACCCUCUGCACUGGCCUCAGGAUGUUACUGGACUGAAGAGGUCAAAGGUGAAACCUCUCCCUUAGUUUAAACCUCUCCUGGUCCAGCGGACCAUGCCCCCCCCACUCCCCAACACCACUUGCUAAAUGUGAAAUGUUACUAAAGAUAAAAACAUAACAGUGGGUUUUAAAGUUUUUGACUAGUUUCAUUAGUAGGUGUUUUAGAAUUGUGUUGAUUUUAAUCUUUAUAAUUUGUUGUGAAAUAAAUAAAUAAUGCAUUUAAUUCUUUAAACAUUUUAGUUUUUCACUGUAGCACAAUUUAAGUUUCUAUGGUAUGGUUGCCAGGUAGAUAUUUCAUUUGCGCACAAACCUGCAAAAAUGACUUAUUUUAUUUGUAAAGACAGCGAUGAGAGAACCCAUUUCCUUUAGUUGCAGAACAUGUUUCACAAUGUUGUAAUGCUAUUUAAUUCGGUUGACAGAUUUCUAAUCUAUUUAUGAAUGAUAUGAAGUAAAGUUUUGGCUUGUUUUCAUCAGGGUGCAUUGUUAUUAUUGUUAUUAUUAAAAUUCCAUGGUAAUUUGAAUAAUUAUUAUUUGUACAUCACUUCUUCCUGGUGCAUUGACUUUUUGUCAGCAUUUGGUUCAUUGUGUGUUGCAAUGCUUCUUUUGUUUUCUUUUGUGUGUAAUAAAAAAAAUUAAGUGGAAAAUAAACAGUUUGCCUCUGCUUAUAA